AUGCACCUAGUAAGUAAGGGACUGGAGCAUAUACCCAGUGGAUUAUGGACUAAAAAUCAUUUUUUAGAUCUAGAUGAUGUGUUGAAGGAUAUAGUGUUUUACCGAGGAGUGAGUCGCAUACUCCUAAAGAAAUGUUUUAAGGCUCAGAAACCAGAUGUUAACUGCCCUAAGUCUAACUACAGUUACUAUGCCAAAUUGGCCCGGAGUGAUUGUGAAACAAUCUUGACGAAUUGUUCAUAUGACAAUAAGGAGUUUCCAUGCUGCCAAUACUUUCUGCCUAUAGAGACUGACAUUGGACCAUGUUUCAUUAUUAACUCUGUGCAAACAAAAAAACAGCAACCUUAUCCGAUGGUGAAAAAUAUGCGUAAUAAACAGGGAGUUCUAAGGUUAUAUGUUAAUGUGACUUCCAUGAUGUAUACGUUGGGGGAUGAUGAAGUCCCAACAAUAACAACAUCACUAUCGUCAACAUUAAAGCUCCAAUAUGGUCGCAAAUACCGGCGAGUUCUUUCCGUCCGAGACAUAGAUAACGAUCCUUUUAUAACAGAGACUACAGCCAAGCAGAGAGCCUGCCGGUUUCAUCAUGAGAACGAAGGCGGUCUCUAUCCUCAGUAUUCAUACAGUGCGUGCACUGUUUUGUGCCGAAAGCGAGCACAGUUGAAAUUGUGCCAGUGCAAUGACCACUUCAUGCUCAACACGACCGAAGAAGAACGAUGUAAUAUAACAGGAAUGAACUGUCUUAAUUCAAUGUCGAAAUACCUGACUGCACUGAAACCUGCAUGGUCACAACGCCCUGGUCUUACUUGUGACUGUUUGCCUUCGUGUGAUGAACGGGAGAUCACUGUUAUUAACGAUGAAGCCAGAAACCCCGGAAAUGAUUUGAAACCAGCGUUGGUUGAAAUUAUUCUUGGUUUUUUGCCCACUGAGAGAUUCAAAAGGAACGUCGUCAGGAGUCGAUUAGAUUUAGUUGGUAAACAUCUCCACUAA